UUCCAAUAUGGCAGCCUUUAUCGUCUAGAAAAGACACCCCGGCCGUGAUUUUUUCGAAUUUCCACGAUGCCGAUGCCCGCAGGUUCUUUCCAAUCCGGACCCAGCUGCUGGGACCGCAUCAAAAUGGGCUUCACAAUGGGAUUUUGCGUGGGAAUGGCCAGCGGGGCCAUUUUCGGCGGCUUCUCGGCCCUCCGGUACGGAAUGAGAGGACGGGAACUAAUCAAUAACGUCGGCAAAGUGAUGCUGCAGGGUGGUGGCACCUUUGGCACCUUCAUGGCUAUUGGAUCAGGCAUCCGAUGCUGACCAGCCGCAGAGUUGAAUGCGUUAAACACCGACAAGAGCGUGUGUGCAUUUGGUUGAACGAAGAUAGAGAGACUUUUGCCAGAAAAUAUGAUUCGAAAAGUUGGGUUUUUGUAAUUUGUAGAAUGUUAUGUUCCAGAUAUAAAUAUUGUGUUGUAUUUAACUUAAAAAAUUGAAUUAAAAACAUACUCGGUUGACUGAGAUAUCCGAAAA